ACAGAUGGCAACUCUGUUUAUUUUUAUCGGCCAUUGUUGUCAAUUGUCAUGAAUUUGUUUAUUAUUAUUAACUAAUAUAAAUAAAUAAUCAACAAUUAAAAUAUAGUACAGUAUUUUUAUAAUUUUAUUUUAGUCCACAGAUUGUUGGUGAAAUAAUGGCAGUGAGAUUGUUGUUUAAACAAUUGAAUAUAUUAAAAAAUAAAAAUUGUCGUUUGUUAUGUACUGGAACAUGUUCAACACUUUCAAGUAACAAAAAUAAUAUUGACAAUGAUAAAAAUUGGAAAGAAGAACUGUUAAAAACAAUGAAAAUAUAUCCUGAUUUUAUAAAUAAAGAUGAAGAAGAAUCAUUGUUUCAAGAAGUUGAACCUUAUAUGAAAAAAUUAAGAUAUGAAUUUGAUCAUUGGGAUGAUGCUAUUCAUGGAUACAGAGAAACUGAAAGAUCAAAAUGGAAUGAUGUUAAUAAAAUAAUAAUUGAUAGAGUUAGACAAAUGGCAUUUCCACCAGGUAUGCCACAACUUAGAUAUGUUCAUGUUUUGGAUUUGUCUGCUGAAGGAAUCAUAAAACCACAUGUAGACAGUGUCAGGUUUUGUGGAGAUGUCAUUGCUGGAAUAAGUUUACUAUCUGAUUGUGUUAUGAGAUUGACCAAAGUUGGUGAUGAAAUUAAAUGUCGUGAGGAUUUUUUUCUUCCUCAAAGAUCAUUAUACAUAAUGAGUGGUGUUGCUCGACAAGUUUACAAUCACGAAGUACUAGGUCCAAAUGACUCAAUAUAUCAAGGAAAAAAAAUUAAAAAAGACAGAAGAAUAUCAAUAAUAUGUAGAAGUGAACCAGAUACUCAACAAUCUUCAUAAUUUUUUUAUCCAUUAACUUGUAAAUAAUGCAGAAUUAAAUAUUGUAAAUUAAAAUAAAAUAUUAACACAAUAUUUUA